ACUAUCACAUGAAUCUGGACUGGAGGCUGGAUGGGGGAGAAAAGUUUACAAGUCUUGUCGGUGAGCAGUUUCUCAUGUGCGCGUGCUGCUGUCCCGCUCGCGCAAYCCGUCUGGUUCUUCUUCUUCUUCUUCGACGCUCGGCUCGACGUGGGAACGGUGUCGCGUUGAGUGUUUUCCCCAGCCCAUAUACGUCUUUUCUCCCCGCAGGAGAAGGAGUGAGAGGGGAGGAGGUGCUGGGGAGAAACGCUCUGGCUGCUUGAAGAUUUUGCUUCGACGCAUAAAAAAAGAAAAAAAAAAAGAAAAAAAAAGACAACUUUUCGGCGACAUGGACGCGCAUCGCGGCGGAAGCGCGCCCCCGGCGGGGCAGCAGGUCGUGCACGUGCGCGGUGACUCGAAGUCGGAGCUGGAAGCCCUCUUCAGCGCCGUGAUGAACCCCGGCAAGGCGGCCCGGCAGCCGCAGUCCCUGCCGAUGAGGAUGAGGAAUCUGCCGGACUCCUUCUUCAAGCCGCCGGAGCCACGGGGUCACUCCAGACAAGCCAGUUCAGACGGAGGCGUGUGCGGCUCCCUCGCUCCUCAUCACGUGCGCGCUCAUUCCUCCCCGGCCUCCCUCCCCGUCAACUCCCUCUCCGCUCAGGCAGCUGCAGAUGUAGCCACCUCACCAAUAUUACCUGAUGAUGUGCCACUCCCAGAUGGUUGGGAAAUGGCCAAAACGCCUACUGGCCAACGGUACUUCAUCAAUCACCUGCAGAAGACAACCACGUGGCAGGACCCCCGACUCUCGCAGCUCCAGUCGGCUGCGGUCCAUCAUCAGAUCCCCUGCGCCCCUGUCCACGCCCACUCCUUCAGCAACCCAGCACCCACUACGCAACCACAAACCAUCAGUUCAGAAACAGGUCCACUGCCUGAAGGCUGGGAGCAGGCUGUGACUGCAGAUGGAGAGGUGUACUACAUCGAUCACAUAAAUAAGAUCACCACGUGGGUCGACCCGCGUCUAGCUCAGAAGAUGAACCCUGGCAUGCUUAGCUUGCAGCAAAGGCAGGAGAAGGAACGGCUCAGAGGCAUCAAAGGCAUCCCUCCACAGAUCGCACCGCAGGAGGCAGCAGGAAGGAGUCAGAUUCCCGGGGGUAUGGACCAUGAUAGAAGCACACAAAUGCUUGUCCCAUCAGUGGAUGUCAGAAUCAGAGCCCUGAACCAAGAACCUACACUCAAUGGGGCUCACUCUCGCAAUGAGAGCACCGACAGUGGUCUGAGCGUCAGCAGCCUCCCUCGCUCAUCAGACCACAUGUUGAGCACCGUGGAUCAUAUGGACACUGGAGACUCCAGCGAGCCCCCGUCGGUCACCAUGCAGGAGAUGCCCGUGCUGCCGAUAACCGAAGGCGAGGAGCUGAUGCCCUGUAUCCCCGACGGUUUGAACUCGGACCUCCUGAUGGACAUGGAGACCGUUCUCUCCGGGCCGCACAUGGACAGAGACAGCCUCCUCACCUGGCUAUAGACGCAAGUUACCACUGCCGCCCCAAACUCCCGACAAAAUCACAAAACAUCGAGUUUUCAUACUGUGACUGAGAAUUCUGGACUCAAACGUGGUACAGAACAACAGAAUACGCUGCUGUUGUAUGGUGGAUAUCUAACACUGCUCACUCCUUGAGGAACGGGGGGUGGGGGCUCACAGAAGGUGGUAAGCUGCUGGUGUUUUUAUUUUUAUGGAUCUGGUUUCACAAAAAAAAGAAAAAAAUCAUGUGGUAUUUCCACUCCCUGACCAGUCUGUGAUCACAGACACAUUUAAAAAAACAGACUUUUUUUUAACAAGCAAACUUUUUUAAAAAUCAUUGUCUAGAAAAGUUAAUUUUCAAUAAAACAUUCAAAUAACAUGAAAAUGAAAUAUCAGAAUGAAUAAAAACAGCAGGAAUAAUUAACAUCUCGUUCUACUACCUCUACAAAUCAGUAACUUGUGAAUUUUGUUACGCAGUGGUCACAGGUGUAAUUGGAAUUAUUUUCCUCAAAAGCAAUAAUGGUGACAUUGAGCACAGAAUCAAAUAUUUUUUGGGCUGAACACUACAAUAGUAGGAAACGUCCUUGUUCUGAGCAAAAACAGAACUAAAGGUUGCUUCUGUCAGUUCAGAAAGCUCACAAACAAACAAAAAAGUAUUUAAAAAUAUUUCUAUCUGAGCCAACAAAUCAAAGUUAAGUGCCUUCACAUGUAUACAAAGAAGUUUUAACAUGAGCACACUUUAAUUUUUUCAACUUUAAACAGAAGACGACAGCAGCAGACAAAGGAAGUCUUCAGUAAAMGAACUUAAGAUCACUAUAAUGAACUAAAUGCAGGAAACUCAUCUGGUUUUAAUUUAAAUCAUUCUUCACCUCUGCUCAAAAAAAAAAAAAGAUACAAUAACCGUGCUGUAAGAUCGUGUGGUUUCAAAUGUCUUGGCUAUUUUUAAAACGGAUAUAGGUUUUGUUAGGAUUGCUUUUUAUUUUAGGAGUUUGGUGCCUUCCAGCGUUGAYGGCGGUCGUCUCAGAGGCAGUAUUUAUUGUAGGUUUCUAUUUAACGGUGUUGUCUUGGAACGUACCACAGUUCUGUUUUUCAAGAAACGACGCCCUCUAGUGGCCAUCUGAGCCUGGGAACGGUUUAACCUACAAAAUUUAAAACUUGUACGUCCUCAAACUUAAACAGUUCUUUCGUAUACUCCCUUAUCUCAUGGUUUAGUAUUGGUUUUUAAAAUUCUUAAUGAUUUUUUUAGAGAGACUUUAUUAACCACUCAGAAAUACUGACAAGUUUUAGUUUAUUGAUGGUCUCUGUCAGUUUUCCUUGAGUUCAUUGGGUAAAUCCAAAUAUUUUGAUGCGUCUUUGUUUUGAGUUAAUUUCUAAAAUUAAUUUAGUCCUGAAUUAUUUUUCAUCAUAAUUAUGCAGUGAUGAAACUCGAGUACGCCUCAUCUUUUUUUAUGACAAAUUUUAGUCUUUUUUGGAACAAAAUGAGACCUGAACAUACAAACUUUUAUCUUCAAACUCCCCAAAAAUCUUUGUUUAUUUUAAUAAUCAGCAUUAAGUCUUAUAAUAAAAACCAAGUAACCAAGUCCACAUAAAUGCAGUUUUCAGUGGUGUUACACUUCUAAAGGUGAUUUUAUUAAAAUAGUAAUAAAAUGACGACAAUGAUUUAUUUUAGUAUUGCUAUUAUGUGAUUAGAAUGUGCAGACUUUCAUAAUAUCACAUUAUGGUUACAAUGCAAUGGGUUAAGGUUCUUCCAAAAUCAAAAAAAUGUUUUACUUUUUUGGGGCACUUGUGAUGCCUAGAACAGUAAUAAAACAGAGAUUUCAGCAGCCUUUAUUGACAAAUAUUCCUCGUUAGUUCUGUUAAACUUUAAGCUUCAUCAGUGGAAAGGUGGAAAACAUGGAGUCUGAUGUGACUCCUCACAAAAGCAACUAAUUGCAGAUAUUGUAUUUUUUUUACUUUAUUUUUUAAACUUCAGACACUACCAGGAGCAGAUGCAGAUGGGGAGUUGAGCACGUACAAAGUAUAUAAUCUUUUUAAUCUGUUUAUUUUCUCUGCAGUGUAUUUUUUUUUAUUUGAAUCUUAAGCUAUGAAUUUCUGGUGAGCAUUUCUCCUAACCCACCUUGAUUUCUAUAUUGUAUAUGGAGCAAUAUGACAGUUUUACACCUAUACAUCAUCCUCACAUAAAGAGCCAAGUUUCCUCAAGUGCCAAACAAUUCAGCUUAUUACUCAUCCUAGAAUGCAUGACACUUGCUUUAUACUGUUUGUUUCAUAUAUUGACAUGUAUUGUUCUAUUUACAGAUGAGUUUUGAAGCUAUCAGACUUUUUUUUUUACCUGUUUAUGCAUGAAUUAUAUAAAUUUCAAUGUAAUCGUUUUAAAGGAGUUUCUGUUUAAUAAACUUUUAAAUACACCGGA